AUGGAACUAGUUAGGCAAUGGAAAAACUGGAAAUCAGGUUGGAGGUAUGCCACUAUACUGUUGGGCAUUUACGGAUUUUUCAGCACUGUCAAGCCACUGGAGCCUUUUCUUAUACCAUUCUUGAGUGGUUUGGACAAGAAUUUAACAGCAGAGCAGGUAAACAAUGAGAUUCUCCCAGUCUGGACAUACUCCUACAUGUCCGUGCUGGUGCCAGUCUUCCUGCUCACAGAUUGGUUGCGUUACAAGCCUGUGAUUUUCUUCCAAAGUGUUGCUCUUUUUGUCGUAACUGCAUUACUCUACUGGACCAAAAGUGUGCCCACCAUGCAGACCACACAGUUCUUCUACGGGGUGGUGACGGCAUGUGAUGUGGCAUAUUUUUCAUACAUUUACAGUGUGAUAGAAGUGAAGUGGUACAAGAAAGCCACCUCUUUCAUCCGCAGCGUGCAGCUUUUAGGGUACACGGUGGGGGCGGUCCUGGGGCAGCUCUUGGUCAGUUUUAAUCUGAUGUCAUUCAUGAACAUCCUGGUAUUCACUAUGAUCCUUACUGCUCUGGCCAUGGUUACGUCCUGCCUUCUACCAAUGCCAAAAAAGAGCUUGUUCUUCCACCGUAAAAAACCUGAUGAUCGAGAGGAUGUAAUUGAGGACAUAGAUAGGGGGUCUACAAGAGAAAUGCCAGGAGAAGAUGUGAAAGAAAACAACUACACUGGAAAAGGAAGUCUUGGUAAAGUACUUUGGCUUGUGAAGAAAGAUUUGGCUGAGUGCUACUCAUCUAGAAACCUCCUCUUUUGGUCUAUUUGGUGGGCUAUGGCUACCUGUGGCUAUAACCAGACAGUCAACUACGUGCAGGUGCUAUGGGAACAUGUUGAGCCCUCCCAGAACUCCAGCAUCUACAAUGGCGGAGUGGAAGCUGUCUCUAACCUCCUGAGUGCAGUUACAGCAUAUGGUGUAGGCUUCACUGAGGUGAGAUGGGAGCACUGGGGAGAGCUGGCUUUGGGUGGAUUCUCUGGUCUGGGGUGCGCCUCCCUCUUUCUCAUGUCCUUUAUAGACAACAUCUGGCUGUGUUACGCAGGAUAUGUGGUCUUCAAAUGUAUGUACAUGAUGCUGAUAACAAUAGCCAUGUUUCAGAUUGCGGCUGGUCUGUCAAUGGAGAGAUACGCACUAGUGUUUGGAGUGAAUACUUUUUCAGCAUUGGUCCUGCAGACAAUACUUGUGGCAGUGGUCGUUGACACUAAUGGAUUGGGUCUAAGCAUCAUUCCACAGUUUAUAAUAUAUGCAAGCUAUUUUGCAGUCAUUGCCAUUGUUUUCACUCUACGAGGCCUUUAUAUCAUAUGGACAUUCCGACGUGAAAGGCCAAGCUCUCAAGAGAUCAGAUUAUAA